CACAAAAAAAGAAGAAACAGAAAAGUGAAAAGGGUCAGUUCAGAGUCGACACUGGUAGAGAGAAGAGAGCUGGACGACGAGACACAAAGAGGGCUGUGAUGUCAGCUGUGGACUUCCCGUUUGUUCCGUUCCUGCACGUUUACUGCGCCUUCACAGUGAAAUCUGUUCUGUAGAGGGAGUGACUGACAGUCCCAACAAUCAAAUCAGGAUGUUUGUUCUCAUGUGGUCGACUCUGCUUUUCUCUGUGUGGGGCAGCAAUGCAGACGUAGGUACAUCAUUGGAAAGAAGAGAGUUCUGUCAGGGUGACUUCUGUAUCACUCUGAUUGAUGGACAAAUAACAGCAGAGGCUGGACUCUGUGUCGUGAUCCCGUGUUCUUUUACUAUUAGUUAUUGGUUCAGUCUCAAAGGUCUCGUUUGGUUCAAAUGUGAAACUGUUCAAAGAUGUGGUGAUUCAGACGUGAUAUUGAGCAGGAACAACCAAAAGAUUCAGCCUGGGUUCAAAGGUCGAGUGUCACUGUUGGAGCCUAACCUUUCUCAGAGGAACUGCAGCAUCAUCAUCAACGACCUCACUGCAUCAGACUCUGGAUCGUAUCAGCUCAAAGUUAAUCUUUUCACGUCUCGUGGGGGACAAGAUAAAUUUCAAUAUCUACAAAGAGCAACUGUCUUAGUUAAAGAUCUGACCCAGAAGCCCACAUUGAUGAUUCCUCCUCUGACAGAGGGGCUGCAGAGCACACUGACCUGCACUGCUCCUGGUCUCUGCUCUGGAUCUGCUCCUGAGAUCACCUGGAUGUGGAGAGGAGGAGGAGGAGAGAAUGACUCCCACAUCACAGGAAACAUCACUGAUUUCAAGACUGAGACUCUGACUGAUGGACAAAGACACAGCUCAACUUUGAGCUUUACACCCUCUGCUAAACACCAUGGCACCAACAUCACCUGUAAGGUGGGCUUCACAGGUGGGACAACCGCAGAGGAGACGGUGACUCUCAAUGUGACCUAUUUAAAGAAACCUGUCAUUGUGGGAAAUACAACGGUUAAAGAUGGAGACUCUUUAAAUCUGACCUGCACUGCUGACAGUUUCCCUCCCUCUGUUAUCACAUGGACUAAACUUGGCUCAAACAAAAGCUUCAACAAUCUCACUGGAAUGGCAGAACUCAUCAUCCCUAACAUGACAACAGAAGAUUCUGGAAAGUACACGUGUUCUGCAACAAACCCGAACAAAACUGAUUCUACACAGACUGAAGUAAAGCUGGGACUGUCACCAAGGAUCUUACACAGCUCUGCAUGUGUCGUUCAGUCAGACGUCCUGACCUGUGUGUGCAUCAGUGAGGGGUUUCCUUUACCCACCAUUGAAUGGCCGCUGCUGAAGAACCACACCCACAGUGAGGUUGGGGACGUGAAAAAGACGCUCGAAGUCAUCAGAAAAAAUGUGACAAAACCGGACGUGACAGAACAUCUCAGCAAGCUGUUACAACUCAUCACACAGCCUCAGGUCAUCAUUGCCUUUUUAAUAGGCGUACUUCUUACAGCGACCAUCUGCUGUUUGAUCAGAACAUGCCACAGGAAAAAACCCAGGAGAUCUGGAAACAUGGCUUUGGACAAUCUGGAGAUGGUGAACACACACGCUGAUUCACUGAUGGAUGCUGGUCAAGCAUUGGGAAAUGGUGGAGCUAACGGAGGAGCUGAAGGUGACGUUGAACCAAGAGAAGUGGAAUAUUCCAACAUUAACAUCUCCUUGUUGGAGAGGAGUCCCAGGAGAGCACAGGACGUUCAAGCCUCCACAGAAUCGGAGUAUGCUGAGAUUAAGAGAGACAAAACGGAGGAGAGACUUGACAAUGAUGACCAGAAUGAGGAAAUAUUGGAGGGCAGUGAAAAAGAGGAGGCGAUGAUGGAGGAGGACGGAAAAGAUUGUGUCCCAGAAAAGGAGGAGGGGGACGAUGUGGCAUUGUAUUCAAAUUUGAAGGAUGUAAUGGGGGCGAUAUGAGGACUGUAGCCUCCUGGGGUCACUUGAAGAUGCAUGGUUUUCUUGGUUGAUUAGUGAAGCAUGACAAAACAUAUCAGAUUUGACAGACAGAUGUUAGUGUGUGGUUUGUUUUGAACAUAAGAAAAAAAACAUUGUCUUAAGGGGGGAAUUGGGACAAAGACGAAGCUAGAUCUGGUUGAGCUGAGCCGUUACAAAGACAUGUUCAAAACAUGUUUGAUACUUACGAGUCCAGAUCGGUCAGGCUCUGACUCGAUUGGGAGCAGUAAAAUAAUCGUAGUGACACCACACACCUGGAUGACAAGCCUCAAACCAAACACCCCUGACUGUUGGGGGGGGGGGGGGGGUCGGGCCACAAUCGUCUUGUGUGUGGCCAGCUUAACUUGAAGAUUUUUUUUCAAUUUUGUUUUUUUUUUGUUUGGCUUUUUAGAAUAAUUUUUGAGAAAACAAGCUUUCAUGUCUCACACAGUAUUUUACAUUUUACAUACCAGAUUGUCUUUAUGAGCCUGUUAAACUUUGAAUGUUCACAUUGAUAUUAUCAUUUUGAUUUCCUAAAUAAUUGCAGCUGAAUUUCUUUUUUUUAUUGCCUAAGACAUUGUUUGUGUGGAGACUUUUUUAGUGACUUGGUUAUGAUAAUGUGGUUUUAUUUGUUGUCUUUUUUUUAAAGGUUUUUGUAUAUUCUGCUUUCUGCAAAGUUUUGUCGGGCACUUUUAAAUAUUUGUUAAGAAUAUAACCUUACAUAAAAAUAUCAUUAUCAAAA